AGGUUUUAGGCUCGGCUCAUCUCACCGCUCUUGACCAUUCCAUCAGCGACAUGGGGGGCACUGGCUAUUCAGCCAAUAGCAUGGGAGUCACUUACAACUCCGGCUUCUACCUGAGCCGUAAGGUGGUCGUCCUUACUGUAGUGGUGCUGAGUGCGCUACUGCUGGCUGUAGCGGUGCUUAGUUCCUUCUACGUUCGCUGCAGUCACACACCAUCGCAGCCAACGGAGAAGUUCACUACGGUGACUAGAGACGUACUCGCUAUCCAGUCGGUGGCCCUCAAGCAGCAAGCCGAGGAAGAGAAAAAGGAGACCAAGACUAGCAUCACCCGCGACCCCGGUACCCGGCCGAGCGCCACGAGACCCUCCUGGUUCUGGGACCAUCUGAGUCAGUCCACCUCCGGGCCCCUGGACCGCCCGAGCCUGUCCACCUCCGGGCCCCUGGACCGCCCGAGCCUGUCCACCUCCGGGCCCCUGGACCGCCUGAGCCUGUCCACCUCCGGGCCCCUGGACCGCCCGAGCCUGUCCACCUCCGGGCCCCUGGACCACACGACCGCGUCCACUUCCGAGACCCGGGACCACCCGACCCCGUCCACCUCCAGACCCCAACUCCAGCCCACCUCCGAACCCUGGAAGCAUCCGCGCCUGCCCUCCGACGUGGUGCCCCUGCACUACGACCUGGAGCUGUGGGUUCACCUGCAGCCGGACCAGGUCGAGCAGUCCUCGAAGUCCUUCAGCGGGAGGCUCAAUAUCACUGUGAAAUGCGUCUCCCCGACCACCUGGGUGCUGAUCCACAGCCUCCGCCUAGACUACCAGGGCGCCACGGUGCUGGGUCCCUUGCCCGAGAGCCCCGGGGCUGAUGGGGAGCAGCGGGCAGUGGGCCAGGUGGCGGUGAACAACUUGUGGAAGUUCCCGGAGAAGGAGUACCUGGUGAUGGAAAUGAGGGAUACCUUGAAGGCUGGCCGCCACUACGUGCUGCAGUUCGACUUCUCCGGCUUAGUAAACCAGACCCACAGGGACGGGUUGUUCCGCAACUUAUAUUCAGACCAGAGAAAGAUCAAGGCUCUGAUUGCUUCUCAAUUGGAACCAACAUUUGCCAGAACAAUUUUCCCUUGUUUUGAUGAGCCAGCUAUGAAAGCAACCUUCAAUAUCACAAUUGUUCACCAUCCUACUUAUGUGGCUCUUUCCAACAUGCCAGCCCUAGCCAUGUCUGAAAGAGAAGACGCAAACAGAAGCAAAUGGAUUGUUACCAGCUUUGAAACUACUCCCCUAAUGUCAGCAUAUAUAACUGCAUUUGCUGUGUGUGACUACAAUUAUGUCAACGGAACUGAAAGGGGCAAGGAGGUACGGAUUUGGGCUCGGAAAGAUGCAGUUGCUGAAGGGGGAGCAGACUUUGCUUUGACUCUUGCAGGCCCUAUAUUCUCAAAGCUGGAAGAUGUACUUAAUGUUAGUUAUCCUCUUCCAAAAAUAGAUCUCAUUGGGUUUCCUGUUUUUAACUCACAAGCAAUGGAAAAUUGGGGACUGAUAACAUUUGAUGAUUUUGUGUUGGUGCACGGGAAGGACGACUACCCAGAGAAAAAAACCAUCAUUUUGUGCACUGUCGCACAUGAAAUUGCACAUCAGUGGUUUGGAAACUUAGUUACCAUGAAGUGGUGGAAUGAUAUUUGGCUCAAUGAAGCAUUUGCAAGUUAUUUUGAGUAUUAUAUAACUAAAAACAUCGAUCCUCAAAUAUUGAAAUUUCAGAAUGAGUUCUUUUAUUACUCUUAUAUGAGAACUAUUUUCAAAGAAGAUCAUGGGACCAUGUACCGAACUGUAUCCACAGAAGUAAAAAACUACACAGAAACAAAAGAAAUAGGUGAACUCUUUGACCUAUAUAUUUAUAAAAAGGGAAGUUGUAUAGUUCGGAUGAUGUCAGAUUUUCUUGGUGAGAAUCUGUUCCUUAAAGGACUGGAAUCAUAUUUGAAAACAUUUGCAUUCUCAAAUUCUGAGCAAGAUGAUCUGUGGAAUCAUUUUCAAAUGGUUCUAGACAACCAGACUGAAGUUCUCUUGCCAGCAUCAUUAAAAAGCAUAAUGGACAAAUGGACACACCAGAGUGGAUUUCCAGUUAUAACAUUAGAUGUGUCUACUGGCAUGGUCAACCAGAAACCAUUUUUUCUCUCUGAUUAUAAAAACCAGAUGACUCCCUACCACAACAACACAUGGACUGUCCCCAUUACUUGGAUAAAAAGUGGAAUUGUACAACCAUUAGUCUGGCUAGAUAAAAGCAGCAAAGUAUUUCCUGAAAUGCAGCUAUCAGAUUCAGGACAUGACUGGGUGACUUUAAAUUUGAAUACAACUGGAUAUUAUAUGGUUAAUUAUGAUCAGUUGGGUUGGAAGAAAAUAAACUUAUUGCUUGAAAAAGACCCAAAGGCUAUUCCAGCCACUGACAGGAUGAAGCUGUUUGAUGAUGCCUUUAGAUUGUCUCAGCAUGAUUAUAUUGAAAUUGAAACUGUCCUUGAAUUAACCAAGUACCUUGCUAAAGAAGAAGAAAUCAUAGUGUGGAAUACAGUUUUGAAAAACUUACUAACUUCUAAUAUAUUUGUCAAUUUGAACAGCCACAAUAUAUAUUCCUUAUUUAAGAAAUAUUUAUUAAAGAGACUUACCCCAAUGUGGCAUAUUUAUUCAACUAAAAUUCGUGAAAAUAAAUUACAAGAUGACACUAUGAGUAUAAUAUCACUGAGAAAUGUAUUUAGAGCAGCAUGUUGGUUGGGACUUGAAGACUGUCUACAGCUGUCAAGGGAAAUUUUCUUGAAGUGGAUGAAUCAUUCAGAGACCAUUAAAAACUCUAAUGUCAUUAAAUAUGAAGUUAUGUGUUACGGUGUUGCCAUGGGAAGCGAUAGAGAAUGGGACUUUUUGUUGAGUGCUUAUGAGACCGAUGCACUUGAAGGCAAUAGGGAUGCAGUGAUAAAUUCAAUGUGCUGCAGCAAAGAUCCAUGGAUACUUUAUAGGUAUAUGGAAUAUGCUUUAGAUGCAAAAUUGUUUACUACUGAAGCGCCAAAGGUCAUUGAAAAUGUGGCAAACACUGAAGUCGGACGGCUUGUAGCAAAGGACUUUUUAAUCAGCAAUUGGCAAGCUGUACUGGAAAGGUUUGGAAGAGAAUAUUUAUUCAUUCUAGCUGAUAUUCUUGCAAAACCUAUAUUCACAGAGUCACAGGUCCAAGAAUUAGAACAAUUUUUCGGUAACAUGCUAGGAGAGGAAGCCAGGAUUGUACUUCAUGAGCACUUUCAAGCAAAAAUGAAGGUGAAUCAGCAAAAUGACAGGAAGAUUGCUCGGAUUGCUAACUGGUUAAAGAAAAACAUGGAUGAUUAACCACCACAAAGUGGUUUGCUCCCAUUUUUAUUCUUCAAUGUUCUGCAGUUAGCAUGACUACACAUCGUAGUGUCAGAAGAGUACACCUUUCCUGCUCUCAACCAAAGAAUCCUGUUUUGGCUUUGGUGUCCUCUAGGGUAUACUAAUGAUUUUGUCAACAAAGAAGACAGGAAAAACCAUUGUUUUGUUCGAUGGUGAUCCAGGGAAGAUUUUCAUUGGCAAUAAACUUGUAGAAUUUUUUAAAAAAUGAA